AUGGACCGGGUGGCUGAUACAGCACAGUUUUGGGGAAUGGGCCGGACCUGCACCAUAUACAACAACAGAGAGAGUGUCUCACACCCGAAUACCAGGAUAUUACCCACAUUGGAGAGGGAGCGGUGCUCCCAGAAGCCCAGUUUCUGCUUCACUUUGGCAUUGGCUCCUCCCAAGACUUUGUGCGCACCCCAAUGCCAUCCGAACCAUAUUCCCAGCAACUUCAGGUCACCUGGUCCUGACGGUGAUGGGGAUAAAGGUUCGAGAAGGAAAAGCGAUGGAGUUAUAGUCAUUCUCACACAAAACUCUGCUUUGGCUUUCAUUCGAUUGUACUGGGAGCUGCACUUGGAAGAUGUCAGGGCAUUAGAAGGAAAGGUUCUCGUCCGAUUCCGGUGUGUUUUUUUCUUGUGCUCACGUUGUAUUUCGACCAGCUUUUCCCCACUGACAGCCUUUGUGCCCCCCUUUCCUGUCGUUCUGCAGGACCAGUGCCAGGGUUUGACUGAGAAGGUGACCGGUGGCCUGGUGCUUUCGGAGACGGAUGGUAUCCCCCUGGCAGGGACGAGCCGCUGGAGUGAGCUUUCUGACCAGGAGCGCCUCAGCGAGAAUUUCCGAGCCUACAAGGUCUUCAGCAGCUACCUGCGCCUGUGCCUGAAGAACGUGCCAGAUUGUUCCCGCUACCCACGCUUAUCUGAGUCCCUCAUGGAGCUGUGCACCCAGACCGAGAGCUUCCUGGUGCUGAUCAGCCAGCUGAUGAUGGCCAUGGGCAUGCCGGUGCCAUCUGUCAGGGUGCCCCCGGUCGAUGCCCCCAAGGACUGGGACAGGAAGGUCUGGGGUCACCAGGUUCUGCGAGAGCUCAGCAACUGGUCACUGCGCUCGGUGCGGGACUUCAACAAACUGAAGACCAACCUAUCAUCCAGCUGGGCUCGUCGGCGCCAGCUGAGGGGGGCACAGCUGAGGUAAGACACCACCCCCACCCCCCCCCCCCCACCCCGUCGGCUGCUGUGCCUCGCUCCCCGAAACUCCUCAACGCCCGACCUUCCGCCUCAGACCACCCACCCGCAACCCCUUCCCCUGCUCUCGGGAGGAGGGUUGCCCGGGCGAGGAGAAAGCCGUACGCCCGGGCGGGAAUUGUCAGGGAGGGGUGUGGGCAAACCCUUCCCGGCUUUGUGCGACGGUUUCACCCCUUCGAUGG